ACAACUGCUCGUUGAAGCGCGUCGUGAUCAUUUGAGUUCUGCUUCAUACCAACAAUAGGUUACUGGUUUUUAAUUUCUUAAAACUUAAAUAUUUCCAUGGAAAGCUGAGAUGGAUAACAAACAGAGAAUAUUGAUUGUCGGUGAUGUCAACGGCAGGCUGAAGUCGUUCUUCGCGCGCAUCGAAACUGUAAACAAAAAGACCGGUCCGUUCGAUUUGGUUUUGUGUGUGGGCAACUUCUUCGGUUCGUCCACCGAAACAGAUGAUCUCAACGACUACAAGAGCAAACUUAAGAGUAUUCCUAUUCCGAUAUACAUCUUGGGCCCCAAUGAUGAGCUCUCGGCAAAAUUUUACCGCGAUUUGCAGGACGGAGAUCUCUGUCCGAAUCUAACCUAUCUCGGUAAACGAGGGAUUUACUGCACGUCCAGCGGCCUCAAGAUUGCGUACGUCAGUGGAGUGGAAGCGGACAGCACGGGUGGAACUGUGCCAGAAUGGAAGUUUACCAAUGAUGACGUUACGGUCGUGCGGGACUUCUCAGUAGCCAGCAAAAGUAACAUGGGAGAUUAUCGCGGAGUAGAUUUGCUCGUGACCUCACAAUGGCCAGCUGGGAUUAAGGAAGGUGUGAAAAACGGUUCGAAACGAAUCGCCUGGUUGGCAGACGCGAUAAAGCCAAGAUAUCACCUGUGCGCCCUAAAUGGGGAAUAUUUUGAACCUCCACCGUAUCGGAACAAACCCGACAAGAAUACUCAGAUGGAACUGGCAACUCGUUUUAUCGCGCUUGCAGAUUUUGGCAACACGGAGAAGAAAAAGCAUAUUUAUGCGUUGAAUGUAAUGCCCGUUGAGAAAAUGCGAGUUAUUGAGCUCAUUCAGAAAACCAUAGACGAGACCGUUUCGCCGUAUGUUGAUAUGAAUAUCAGCGAAAGUGGGAAGGAUUUGAAAGGGGACCGGAAUUCACAAUAUUUCUACGACAUGAACACCUAUGACGACAGCGCGCGGAAACGGAAAGGUCAGGGAAAUCGUGUAAGCGGCAAUCACGAACAGAAACGUGCAAGACCUUCCUUUGAUCAGGAGAAAUGUUGGUUUUGUCUUAGUUCGGGAACGAUUGAAAAGCAUUUGAUCAUAUCGGUCGGGGAACAUUUCUAUCUGGCCCUUGCGAAAGGUCCGAUAAAUGAAACUCACAUUCUAAUUCUUUCGAUCACCCAUAUCCAAAACGCGUCGCUGUUGUCCGCGGCUCAGUGGGAUGAAUUGAAUAGAUUCAAGGAAUCGCUUACAAAUUUCUUCAAGGACAGAGAAGAGACAAUUUUCCUAUACGAGAGAAAUUACAAAACUGGGCAUCUUCAGAUCAACGCCAUCGGAGUUGACAACAACGUGGCGUGGAAAAUCAAGCACGUUUUGGAGGACAAAUCAGAGGAGCAUAACAUUACGCUGGAAAGUGCGGCGAAACCUUCAUCCCCUGCGGAUCUACCCCAGAAGUGUCCUUACUUUGUAGUGGAUCUUCCCGACGAUACGAUUAUGUACACCAAACAGAUGAAGAACUUCCCGUUGCACUUUGGUCGUGAGAUAAUUUGUGCGGAUAAUUUGCUCAAUUGCGAGGAGAAGAUCGAUUGGCGGCAGUGCAACCUGGACAAGGCCGGAGAGGAGGUCAUUGUGAAGAGCUUUCGCGAAAGUUUCAAACCUUAUGAUUUUACUCUUUGAAGAAGGGAGUCGAUAACUCUUUGAAGACGGUUUGAUUAUCAUUCACUUUUGCAGAGUUGUAAUUUAACAACAUUUAUUAAUAGGGGUGCGAGUGCUAUUGUUCCUUAUUCUGUACGGAUUCAACAAACAAUGUUCGAUUUUUAGGUUUUUUUUCAGCGUAAUUUCUGAUUGUUAUAUAGUUUCAUUACUUUAAUCAAAAUUUUGCAAACAAUCAUAUUGAACUCGUGAAGCAGAGUUGUCGAUGAUCCGCGUUGACACCAAAAAUAUUCAAUUCACCUAAAGCAGUAAUUCUCACACCAAGUAGACGUGAAAGGCAUCGUCCAAGGAGGAAAAUAUUUCUUCUGUAUAUAGGCCUGUAAAUAUACUUGCAAAUACAUUUCAAAACAAAAA